ACAUCAAACAAAGCAACAAAAAUGGCGGAAACGAGUGUGCAGACGAACGAGACGACUACCACCGGACCACCGGCAAGACGGCUGAGAGGUCAUAAAGCCAUCGCCACCUCCUGUAUCGCCUCCCGCGACCGCCCUGGCCUCAUCGCCUCUGCCGCUGAAGAUGGGUGUGUUUGCUGGUUUGAUAUGCGAUGUAAAGAUCUAUUGCACACCAUGGAUGUUGCUCAAAAUCCAAUUUCCUCAUUAUGCUUCAAACCGGGGAAUGAGAAUACCGUUUACGUAUCCUCUGAAAAUGAAGUGAAGGUUUUUGACGUCCAUAUGCUUACCUCAUGGAAGCCAUUGGAGAGUUACAGUUACAAUAAAGAGGAGAUAAACCAGAUCACAUGUAACUCAAAGUCAUCUUUUCUUGCAGCUGCUGAUGACGGUGGUGAUAUAAAGAUCAUCGAUAUACGCCAGAAGUGUCUGUAUAAGACAUUAAGAGCUGCCCAUGAAAGUAUAUGUAGCAGUGUGCAGUUUCUUCCUUGGAGACCUUGGGAAGUAAUCACUGGUGGGCUUGAUUCGAAGCUAAUAAUGUGGGACUUCUCGAAAGGACGACCAUUCAAAGUUAUGGAUUUGGGAAAAUCUGAACCGGAUAGCAGUAGUAACGCAGGACAGUGCUUCAAUCCUGCGUUCGUACACGCAAUUGCAGUUCCUGAAGCCGAUAUGUUAGAUAAAACUGACAAGAUAUGUGUUGUGGCCAGAGGCGAUGGUGUUGUCGAUGUAAUCAAUAUAGAAUCCGAAUUUCGAGCCGCCAAAUCCAAGGGUUCUUCUAACCCGAAAAAAGGUGGUCAACCAAAGUCAAACGGAAAUGUUCCGUCUCCAAGUUCUGAAAAAGAAGAUCAAAAUCAAAGAACGAGGUUGCGCUUAGAUUAUUCCUCUGGAGGCCAUACUGCUGCUGUAUCUUGCGUGGCGUUUUCGGUUUUUGGGGAGAAAGGAAGGUACAUAAUAUCGGGGGGCAAUGAUAAAGCUGUGAAGGUUUGGAAUUGGUCCGGUUUCUUUAAAGCAGAUGAAACUUGCAACAAAGAUGACUUUCUACAUUUAAACAUAAGUUUGGGCAGAAAAGUCAACUGGCUUUGUACUACUCCAACUGAUUCAGAAAAUCUUGUGGUUUGUGAUACAUCAAAAGUAGUGAAGGUUUAUACUGUCGCAUAGUCAACUAUAUGGAUGCCGAAAGUCAAACUGCAGUUCUAGAAGUUGAAUCAGUCUUUUUUAGCAAGAUUAGACUGCGAAAUGGUGGAUCAUGAGCAAAAACGAUGAUGAACAAGUUAGUUAUGUUUUGUUGAAUCUUGCGAACUUAUGCAUGUUUUGCAGAGUUAGUGUUAUGGCCAGUUUUUACAUUUUUGUAUGAUAUUUGGUGGCAAGGUAUUUACUUAGCAUCGUUUUGCAAACUUAUGCAUGUCUUGCAAAGUUAGUUUUAGACCACCUAAUAUUUGUUUGUGGAUUCAAAAUUAAUAUACUGCAUGCCAAUAAGACCUGCAUUUUAAA